UCUGCACGGGGAAGGAGUGGCGUCCGUGUGCCGGGGCUCUGUGUCUCCGUAGAAUCCUGGAAUGGUUUGUGUUGGAAGGGAUCUUAAAGUUUAUCUUCUCCUGUCGCGGGCAAGGACACCUUCAGCUAUCCCAGGUUGCUCCAAGCCUUGUCCAACCUGACGUGGACACUUUAAAGGGAUGGGGCAGCCACGGCUUCUCUGGGAAAUCCAUUCCAUCACCCUCACAGGGAAGAAGUUAAGUGGAAGCCAAAUAAGGAGGUGGGGUAAGGAGGCAGGAGCAUCCCCAGACACAGGACUUAGCGUUUUAUUGCUGAGGCAAAGAGAAGAAACACCAAUGUGUGUUCUGCUGUAACAUACUACCAUAAAAAUAUAAUUAACCACUGCCAGAUGCUUUGCCAAACACUUGAGGGAUGAUGCUGUGCACACAUGGGAUGUUAAGCCACUCUGGAGUGAUGCUGGUCCAUGGUGGAGCAGGUCAGGUGUCCAUCCCAGUGCGGAUGGAAAAGUCAGGCCCUGCUCCCAGACCUGUGGGUAAGAAUUUAACCUGGAGAGAGCCAGAGCCUGCUUGCACGGGAAACAACCCCGUCGGAUCAGUGCUGCAGGAAACAUGUGGGGCCCGCUGGAAAAAGUGCAGAUCCUGCACAUUUUUUUGCUUUUUCUACAGAAACCAACUUUAGAAGGUUGUGGGGUGUUGGGGGAUUUUUAUUUUUUUUUGUGUAGGUUUGCAUUUCUUGUGUCAGUGUAUGACUCUUAGUACAUGAUCCGUUUUUCCAGGAAAGGCAGCUCGCUACCAGUCAGCAAGAGAGAGAAUGCUUGUGGUGGUCCUUUGGUCUCUGGGAUUGGAUUUCAGAGCACCACCUGGACCCUGAGCAGAAUUCAGCAUAGCCAAGGCUUCCACAGGGAUUCUGCUUGCAUGGUGUGGAGAAAAAAUGAGCUAUUCCAUCAUCAUUUUCCAGGACAUGUUUUUGGCAUUACAAAGUGUGGGUGGGACUGUUUAAUUCCUCCAUAUCCUCCAGUUUUCUUCCAUAGUGUGUGAAAAUAUGCUGAAAUAUCUGUCUCCUGAGGUAACUUUCAGCUGAGAAUUAGAGAGUCAUAAAGGAACAACAUUAUUUUUUCUUCCUGUGGGUUAGAUUAAGUGUAUUUCUAUCAAUAGACAAGUGAAAUGUCCUUUUUACUUGCUGCUUCUUUUAUAUAUUAUUUUUGUCCUCCGUGCUCUGGUUUCCUUGCUCCUUUCUGGUGUGAUUUCUUCCCAGUGUUCAGAGAGUUCUCCAUGUGUGCUUUCCCACAUGCUUUCCUAUGAUACCUGAGCUGAUAUAGCUGGGAACUGCUCCUUUGUUCCCUCUUGGGAAGGUGGCUGUGGACAGCUGUUGGUCUUGGACAGCUUGGGGGGCACAGAAAGGGAGAAAUUAGAGCGGAAAAGGUGAUUGGACCCUCUGGGACUGAGGAGAAAAGCCCAGCCUGUGUGGAGCAAGGAAAAAGAGCAUGGCCUGGCUGGAAUGCAGGAGAGGAAGACACAGAGAUGGGGCAAAGGGAAGAGGAAAAAGUGAACCUGAGCAACAAGAGCCAGGUCAAUUUUGAGGAAGAGAGCCAGAAUCCACCCGCUGUGGGACACUGGAAGCCCCUGAUGCCAUCCAAAGGCAACAAGGAGGAGCCAGAGAGUGGAUGCCAGGAUGCUGGAGGUGUGCAUGAACCCCAGUCCACGGAGCAGCUCAAUGUGUCCCGGCUGCGCAGCUCCUCGGUGGAGAUCCGGGAAAAGGGCUCUGAGUUCCUGAGAGAUGAGCUGCACAAAGCACAGAAGGAGCUGAAGCUGAAGGACAAAGAAUGUGAGAGAUUGUCAAAAGUAAGGGAACAGCUGGAGCAGGAACUGGAGGAGUUAACAGCCAGCCUGUUUGAGGAAGCCCACAAGAUGGUGAGAGAAGCCAAUACCAAACAGGCUGCGGCAGAGAAACAGCUCAGGGAGGCCCGGGGCAAGAUUGACAUGCUGCAGGCAGAGGUGACGGCCCUGAAGACGCUGGUGAUCACAUCCACACCGUCCUCCCCAAACCGGGAGCUGCACCCUCAGCUGCAGAGCCCUUCCAAAGCUGGCUUCAGGAAGGGCCAUGGGCGGAACAAGAGCACCAGCAGUGCCAUGGUGUCAGCUGCCAGCCAGAACACGGCUCCAGAGCCUGUCAGCCGGGAAUGCAAAGAGCGUUCCUCCUUCUUCCCCCUCCUCUUGGACACUCCAGGUCGACUCCAUUUUAUUUGCCGAGUUCCAGGCCUGGAAGGAAUCUCCAACUUUGGACAAAUCCUGCUCCUUCCUGGACAGAAUUUACCAAGAAGAUGUAGGACCUUGUCUGGACUUCACCAAGCAGGAGCUGUCGGAGCUGGUGCGAGUGGCUGUGGAGCAGAACACCCUCACCAUCGAGCCAGUGGCUUCCCACACUGUCCCUGUGGGAAAGGCAGCAGCAGAGGAGUGUGGUGGCCCCAAGAAAUGUGCUCUGAGUGGCCUCCCCAGGACCUGCAAGCACCGGAUCAUGCUGGGGGAUUCUGGGAAUUACUACUACAUUUCCCCUUCCUGCAGGGCCAGGAUCACAGCAGUGUGCAACUUCUUCACCUACAUCCGCUACAUCCAGCAAGGCCUGGUGAGGCAGGAUGUGGAGCUGAUGUACUGGGAGGUCAUGCGGCUCCGGAGGGAGAUGUCUCUGGCCAAACUUGGAUUUUAUCCCAGCGAGAUGUAAGCAGAGCCCUGAGCGUGGAAGGAAACUGCUUCUGGAGGAAGGGCUUGGAAUGUGAAGCCUGUCCUGCUCCCUCCCACCUUCCCUCUGCCUAGAGCAAGGAGCAAGAGGCACAAGUUCCACCUUCAGCUGUCCCACUCCUCCAAGUGUGGCUGGAAUGCAGCUACCACACUGCCCCUGGAGCUGGGCUGGCCCUGGCUGCUCUGGGAUGGCCAUCCAUAGACUCUGGAGUGUCCUAUGUGCAGUGUAUAUCCAUUUCUUUUAAACUUUUUGUUUUUAUAUGUAAUCUACUUCGGCAUAACCCAAGGCCAGGCCUGUAUAGGGUGGGAAUUCUGGACCUUCCUUGUGAGCCAGUCUGUCAGAACAGAUGCUGGCUGUCUGUUCCACUUGUUUUUUUGGGAUGGAGGGUGCUGUCCCUGAGGUCCUGCUGACCACAGCAGCCCUGAAAAUGCCAGCAGAGCACAAUAAUCUUGAACAGUUUGUUUCCAAGUACUUCCUUGUUCCUUUUCAAGGAGCCUGCAAGAGAAGCUUGUUGCCAGCGGAGUCACAAAGAGGGAUUUGUUCCUGUUUUUAGCUGGAUGUUUGGCACUGGGUGAUGCAGGCUGGGGAAUGGCUGGAGCUGUGCACCUGGGGCCUCCAGCAGAGGAAAGGGAGCAGGGAAAUUCCCUAACUCACAGCUGGCUGCAGGAUUUUUUCCCCUGGACUAGGGAAUCUGCUGCAGUUGCCAGAGGCAGAUGCAGGACCCUGUGACCAGUUCCUGGUGUGAAGUGCCCCAUGAUGCUCGUAAACACAAACCUCACCCACAAACAAGCAUUGGAGCUGAUCCUGCUUUUGAGGGAGCUUUGGGCAGUGCUGUUCCCACCCUUCAGGCAGAGCCCAUGUUCCCAGGUAGGGUUCUUUGUGUCUCCAGGGGGAGCGUGCCAAGCUGGGCAGUCCCAAAGCCUGGAGAUUCCUUCCCAGUGUUACAUCAGACCUGGAGAUGCCUGUCCACUGGGAAUCACAACUUUUCCUGGGCUGCCAUUCCCUGGUGAGGGAAUCUGAAACCUCUUUGUGUGCACAUGAGGGAUGUGGCUGACAUUCCUGCCUGCCCCAAAAUGUGCUGGGAGGGAGGGAUGUCACUGGAGCUGUAGGAAUGCACAGGCUUGACACAUCCUGAACUCAGACCAGGUUUAUUAAAGCCAUGACAGUAUUUUGUAGCUAAUUUAGCCUUUUUUUAAGUGACUCUGGAAUCAGCUCAGCCAUCACCCACUCUGGGGUUUUCACUUCUGACAGGGUUGUCACCCUGUCCCUCUGCCACCCUCAGCAAGCUGGUGCCCAUCCUCAGCUCCAUAAUUCCAUCCUCUCCUGAAGGAUAUUACAGUAGGAACCCAAUUUUCUUCCACUGAGCUGCUGGAUUGUGUCUAGGGGAGAGAGAAAUAACACAGCUUUGGUUUCCCCAGCUGUGGAUUUCAGCUCAGGUGAAUUCCACCCCUGGAAUUUCUCCCUGCAUCUCUUCCCCCUGUCCUUUUGAUCUCCACGUCUUCCUGUGCCGUGAUCUGCCACACUGCAGAAACGUUGCAGCACUGGGAGUGAGAUGAUCUCUCUGGGUAGGAGAUGUUUUGGUUUGUGGGAUGUUUUUUCCCCUCAGUGUCACACUGAAAAGCACUUUGAGACAGAAGGAACUGGAGCAAUGCCUUGUCUGAGGUUGUCUUGCAUUUCAAACGAAGCAGAGAGAACAAUUUGUGAAGGAAAAUGAAGUCACUCUGUUAGCAGCAGGAUGGUUGCACCCUGCUCUUUCAUAAAGGAAAAUAAACAUUUGCUAUUAACCUCUACAA